CAGCGUCGAGCUCUUUGUUAUUGCAGGAUAAUUUCUCGUCCGCGCUGCUUGUGUUCUCGGUUCGGUCCCUCAAACGGAAAAAAUUUGAAAUUAUUGAAAAAAUUUCAGAAUUCAAAGAUGGAUAUCCGAUAAACAGAUAACCAGAUAUCCCCACAGGUGACCAAGGAUAUAACUAGAUAACUACACAGUUUCUGGUCCUGUUUAAAUGUGACAAAAAAAGGAAAUUUUUUAAACAAAAAAGGCAAAAGUGAAGAGUGAAAUAAACAAAAUAAUCGAGAAAAUAUAGCCAAUAAGAGCCCAACUAGAACUGAAGCCUUGAAGAAAUGCCAACAGCUCGCAGCCCAAAGGGGUGGCAUUUGUAGUUGUGGUUGUCGGUGAGGGAGAGGGUGAGGGUGUGGGAGUGGGUGUGGGUGUGGGAGUGGGUGUAGCUGCAAGUGCAACGUUAUUUGGGUCAAAAGCUACAGUAGCAGCAGCAAACUUCCAGGGGUCCACCUGUUAUGCAGCUGGCUUAGGAGCGGAAGUGGUACAGAGCGAGGCAGAGGCAGAGGCAGAGAGGAAGCGGCAGAGGAGCAGCCAUGGAGACCAGCAGCAGCAGUCAGCCAGCGAAGGUGCAUCGCCAGCACCAGCGCCAGCGACGGACGGAGGCCCGCCAACGGCGACUGGAACGAGAGGCAGCUGCAACAGGACCAGGACCAGGAACAUCAGUAGAAAUUAGCACACCCGAAAGACAGGAACGCCAGGAGGCCCUUGACUGUGCCACGGCGUUGAACGAGGACUUGGGCGGCGGAGGCGGUGGCGGAAGCGUGGGCACCCCCAGCAGCGCAGGUCGCAUCAGUGCCCAGAGCUCGGCGGACAGCAUUGAAAUGGUGGGCUCCCCGAGCCAAACCUCCCAGCAAACGGUGGUCCUGGUUAACGGACAUGCACCGCCCUCGCAGGACGAUGCCGCCUACCCGCCGCAGCAGGAGGAGAGUGCCCAGCUGGGUGCCCGGGAGUCGCCGCCACCGCCAUCCCUUCCCCCGGUAGCAAAACAAAGCGACGGUAGCCGCAACUCGUCCGGGGAUGCGAUGAGUCUGCGGGAGACCCUGCAACAGCUGCCGGCCACUCAUCACCAUCACCAUCGGUCGCGACGCACUCACUCGCCGCAGUCCCUGGAGGCGGACUCCUCCUUCCAUCGCGGUAUACUCGGUUACAUGGACCGCGAGCUCAAGCAGUGUUCGCCCACGCCCUCCGCCUCGGGCAACGGCAACGGCCCUGCAACGGGCGCCUCUCGAAAGCAGCAAUCUUUGUCGGAUCCGCAAGCCAGUCCCGCCCAGCGAUCGUUGCGUUCGCGCAGCAGCUUCGACAAGAGUCCGAGACGGAAGCGCAGCAAGUCCGAGUCUCGGCGGCGGCGGGAACGUAAGCUGAUCGCCGCCGGGGAGAUGGAGGUGCGGCAGGCGAACGAGACACUAAUGCGGUACCUCAAACAGUGCUCGGAUAUGCACGACGCCUCGUUAUCCGGCGAGCUGGAGAUCGACCAGAGCUACGAGGAGCGUCGCGUUCACCGGAAGACCAAGUCGCAGCGGGACAAGCGGGGCCAGCUAAUCAGCAAACUAUAUACGGCUGGGGGGAUCUCCUCCAUCCUCAAGGAGCUGGCCGACGACAUCGCCCCGGCCGACGGCGAGGAGAUCUACAACCCCUUCACGCCAGUUGUCUCGCCCACGGACGAUGCGCCCGCGCACAUCGACAAGAUGUUCCUGCAGACGUCAUCCGGGUAUCGACCGGUGGAGCACAGCUACUACAAGCGCUCCUUUCUGGGGGCGGGUGGCGGACGCGGUGCCGGUGGUCCUUCGGGUUCUGGCGGCGGUGGCGGUGUCGGUGGCAGCCACAUUGAUGGCAUCUCGGCCGCGGAACUGGGAGGCGCCGGUCGCCUCUUUCGUUCCAACGGCAGCCAUGGCGGUUUGGCGGGCGGACCCGGCGCCAUAUCGGGCAGUGGACGGGGCAGCUAUGGAGACACCCGUUGCCUGCUCGAUGGCGAAUAUAAUCGAAACACCAUCAGCAACAAUAUACAACUAGCCUGUGUAGUUCAACGAAUCUGGCUGCUCAUCUCGAACAUAUGCCACGGCCUGCUAGCUGGUCUAGCUCUGGCCCACCUUCUCUUCGUCCUGAGCAGCCAUCCCAUGGACUGGGCCAAGGUCAUUAACGGCAUGAGUCUCGCGGGCGAGACCAUGACCUCAUCCCCAACAGUGUCACCCUCAUCGGCAUCGACGGCAUCGGUGGGAAUCGAACUGCCCACAAUGGCGAGUUCCGGCGAUCGGGGCACAGGGUCGGAUGGAUCUACAACCUCGGGAUCCGGACCCGGCAGUAACGAUGCCUUGGCAUUGAUAGGAGACUACGCAGGAUUUGCGGAGAUCUACUUGAAUACCUUCUACUGCUUGGCCAUCAUCUGUCUGGUUUCUGUUUUCGAUCGCAUGGACAUCUGUCGCUGGAGCUUCUCGAAUGCCAGCGAACUCAUCUCGUUUCGCUGGCUCAUCAUCACCAUGAUCUAUGUGGCGACAAUAAUCCUUACAAUCUGCUCCGAUUCCAUUGACGAGAAGCUGUACCUGUUCAACAACAAUGCCAACAUCACCCUAACCCAACAGGAAAUGCUAAGCAACAGCGUCCAGAGCGUUUGGAGCAGCCUGUCGGUGACCAGGAGCAUUGCCGCCAUAUCGGGAUGGAUUAUGAUCGGACUGACGCCGCAGGAGGAUAUGCUGUAUGAGCAUCUGGUCGACCUUAGCAAAUAUCAGUUGACAAAUAAUUGAAUUUAAGGGCACACGCACACGGUGAUUCGGCAAACAAAAACUGUACAUAAAGUUAUAGUUGAAAUUGUAGCAGUUACUGGCUUUUUAUAUGGCAUAAUCAAAGCGCAAUAGGACUCUUAUGUAUACCCAAUACUUAAGCUUUAAAGUUGUAUCCUUGUAUCUGAGGGAUUCACUUGGAUUGGAUGCCCUUCACAGGCCGCUAGAAACAAACAACAAUGGACGAUAAUCCAAUUAUAAUUAUAAACCAAUAAGCAAAAGAGUAAUCCUUCGAGUUAGCUACUAAGGGAUACAAUAUACACAGUAAACAAUUACGACAAUUAAAACACAUGAUAAGAAUAUAAAAAAUAUGUUACUUAUAUAGAGAUUUAAUAGCAAAAACCUACUACUGAUAUAAACAUUGAAACGAAACACGCGAAUGGAAAUACAACACUUUAAAUAUUAUUUCUUACACAUAUCGUCUAGCCCAAGGGACAGUCUCUAGUUUACUCCAUAAAUUUGAUCUCUAAUUGUUAAUUGUAGAUGCAUAACUCGAGUAUUGAUUUUAAAAGAUGAGAAAACUAUAUGAGAGCCUAAAAAACAAUUUCAUAAAGGAUAUAUUUUCGCAGUAGCUUAAAAAUGAUUUUGUUUUUGUUUGAUUACUAUUAUUACUCACUUAUUGUAUUGUUUUUUGUUGCGGUAGCAAUAAAUAUAAUAUAUUACCAGAGCUGUAAAUAAACCGAGUGCAAUAAUGUAACAAAUAUGCUUUAUUAUAAACUAAAAUUAUAAUGAAAAUGACAAAAACGAGCUAUAAAAUUGAUUGAAAGAAUUUGGCGGGAAAAUCUUAUUGUAAAUCGUAUUGUAUAUAAAAAAUAUAAACGCAAAUAAAAAAAAACGUAUGUACAAAUAGUUUUCAUUUUUUCAAUAAAUGCUAAAUACUAA